AUGGAACCAACAAUUCUUGUCGUUGGCGCCACCGGUAACACUGGCCGCGGUGUCGUCGAGACUCUGUCAGAACUUCUCAAACCCAGCACCACCUUCUCUAACCACAGAGUCCUUGCUCUCACUCGAUCGCUCAGCGGAACUGUCGCGCAGAAGUUCGCUCAGCUGCCGAAUGUCGAAGUACUUGAAAAGAACUGGGUGGACAUCACCGCGGAUUGGCUGCGCCAACACAACGUUGUGAGGGCCUUCAUUGCCGCUCACAACGAGCCCAACCAAUUCUCCGAAGAGUCAACCUUCCACGUCGCUGCUCUCAACGCUGGUGUCGAAUACGUGGUGCGAAUCUCGACAACUGCCGCAAACGUACGGCCCGACUGCCCUGCGUACUACCCAAGAACCCACUGGGCCAUUGAGUCCAUGCUGAGCUCGCCGGAGUUUCAACGUCUUCAGUGGACCUCGCUGCAGCCGAACAUCUUCUCGCCUCUCUACCUUUACCCUGCGGCGGAGCUGGUCAAAUCAUUUCGCCAGACGGGGAAGCCGCACACGCUGAAGUUGAUUGCUUCUGAAGACGCUGCGGUCGGGAUCAUCGAUCCUUUCGAGGUCGGAUAUCUAGCGGCACACCUUCUCACUGCCGAAGAUGUGAAGCCUCACGACAGGGCUAAAUACGUUCUGAACGGUCCCGAAGACGUCACCGGGCGUCAGAUUGUGGGGAUGGUUGAGAAGUCGCUUGGCACAAGGGUUGAGGAUGUCCAAUUCAAAGACGUGUCCUUUGUUGAAGACAUGGCAGCUCAAUCUCAGCAGUCAAAGAGCGUCAUUCGGUCGAUCAAGUACGCUUUAGAGACGGCUUGGGAAGGAAAAUGCAGCACCUCCACAACAAGCCGAGAAAUAUUCGACAUAUUUACUCCGAAGGUUACGCUGGCCGAGUCUUACAAGAGGCUGCUGGAGGAGGAGGAUUGA